UCAUCAUCACUAUAGAGUAGUAAUAGUGUGAGAAUGGAGACUUUGAAUAAUAAUAAUAAUAGUGAUAAUAGUGAGAUAAAAUUGUUGGCCAAUAGGCUUGACAUUCAUCGUUAUUCAGAAGUGCCUAAAUAUUAUGUGCAACCACAAGAAUCGAGACCUGAUAAAGUGAUGGUGAAGAAUGAUAGCAUACCGAUCAUUAAUCUUGGAGGACAUGAUCGUGCUCAUAUCAUCAACCAACUUUUGAAAGCCUCUCAAGAAUAUGGUCUUUUUCAGGUGAUUAACCACGGAGUUUCCAAAAAACUAAUGGACGAAACACUGAACGUUUUUAAAGAAUUUCAUGCCAUGCCAGCUGAAGAAAAGAAAAUUCAGUGCUCUAAGGAUCCUGAUGGAAAAUUCAAGAUCUAUACAAGUACUAAUUAUUUUCCAAAUAAAAUAAGAAAAGAUGGUGAAGUUGAAUGUUGGAAGGACACAUUCUUACAUCCUUGUCCCACUUCGGCAGAAAACAUGAACUACUGGCCUGACAAACCACACAAAUACCGUGAAAUUGUUGGUGAGUACACUAGAGAAUUGCAUGCACUAGCCCACAAAAUCCUAGAGCUGCUUGGUGAAGGUUUAGGAGUAGCCCCAAAAUAUAUAUAUAAUAAAAUGGGUGAGGAUCCAACAAUUGUAGCACAACACUACCCAGCUUGCCCUGAUCCAAGUGUCACUUUGGGGAUUCCUAAGCACCGUGAUCCUUCUCUUGUUACAAUUCUGCUUCAAGAAGAACAGGUUCAAGGGCUUCACCUUGAGAAAGAUGGUCAAUGGAUUGCCGUUGACCCUAUUCCCAAUGCUUUUGUGGUUAACAUUGGUUUCAUCUUGCAGCUAAUGACUAAUGGAAAGGUUGUUGGUGGAAUUCACCGUGCUGUGACAAAUUCAAAAACUGCACGAACAAGUGUUGUUUAUUUAAUCUACCCAUCGCCUAAAGCUAUUAUUAAACCUGCUGAAGAAUUUGUGAAUGAAAAAACUCCAACACUUGGUAAGUUUAUGAACUUUGAAGAUUUCCAUGCUUAUUACGUUAAGAACGGUAUGAAAAUUGAAGAGGAGUACUUCAAGAUCAAGCCAUAAUAUGUUCCACAAAUUAAAUGAUCUAUGUAGUGGUGGUAUAAUGACAUUAUGUUAUUAAUUAAUAAAUGUGCAGUGUGCACAUAUUUAUAUAUAUAUAUGUCAUCGUAUGUAUGUAUGUUUUUAUUAGUGAGUUGUUUUAUUUCUCCUAAAAGUUCACCUUCAUGUAGAGGUGCUUGGGUUGUUUUAUUUUAUUGUGUGUAUAUGUACAUAUGCGUAAAUUAAAUAAGCUAGUACUGCUUUAUGAAAUAAAUAUCCAAAUCUGAAUUUGCAUGCAAGUUUAUGCCAAA